AUGGCAGACAAAGACCAAGCCGAACAUCCACAAUCCUCUUCCGAUGACCAGCUCCCACCUCCAGAGUCACCACACCCAAGCAGCCUGACCGCAACAUGUCACUGCGGUCGCAUCAACGUCGAGAUGCCCUCUCUGCCCGCCAAGAUCAACGAGUGUCGCUGCAGCGUUUGCUACCGCUACGGUGCGCUGUGGGCAUACUUUCACCUCGACGACGUCAAUGUUAUCGUCAACGUCCAGGCAUCGCGGCCAGCCCCGAAAGACUCGCCGGCUCGGCGAGAGCCUCUCAUUUCGAAGGGGGAGAAUGAAGAUUCUAACUGUCUGCAAUUGUACGUAAGAACUGACGGAGAUGGGGACAUUGGGUUUCAUUUCUGUGGAAAUUGCGGCUGCUUGACACACUGGGCGCCAACUGAGCAGGGCCUGGCAUUUCUGAAGAAAGAGAAGGAGACGAAGGGAGCUGAAGCGCAUGAGCCCAAAGUUGGUGUGAAUUGUCGUAUGUUGCCGCCAAAUGUGCUCGAGGGAGUGGAAAAGAAGACCGGACCGCUGGGCGAGCUUUCUCGAUGGGACUGGAAGGAAGCCCAACUGUAA